AUGGCAGCGGCCGCAGGAGCCGUUUUCACGUCGCUGCUUGUCAUCUCCUGCACGGUUUGCUGCCAAGCACAGGGCGCCGCGAGGAGCUACGGGCCGGUGUUCGAGGAGCAGCCCGUCAACACCCUCUUCCCCGAAGGCUCCGCCGAAGAGAAGGUCACGCUGGCUUGUCGGGCCAGAGCGAGUCCUCCGGCGACCUACAGGUGGAAGAUGAACGGCACGGAGAUCAGGAUGGAGCCCGAUUCCCGCUACCGGCUGGUCGCGGGCGACCUGGUGAUCAGCAACCCGGUGAAAUCCAAGGAUGCUGGUUCCUACCAGUGCGUGGCCUCCAACCCCCGGGGCACGGUGGUCAGCAGGGAAGCCUCCCUCCGCUUUGGCUGUAAGUCCCGUGUUUGUCUCCACGAGGUAAAUGAAAGGCAGCCGGUGAAGAUCCCGGAAGGCUCCGGGGUGAUGUUCACCUGCAGCCCUCCUCCCCAUUACCCAGGCCUGUCCUAUCGAUGGCUUCUGAACGAGUUUCCCAACUUCAUCCCUGCGGAUGGAAGGCGCUUUGUCUCUCAGACAACAGGAAACCUUUACAUUGCCAAGACAGAGGCUUCGGACCUAGGCAACUACUCGUGCUUUGCCACCAGCCACAUUGACUUCAUCACCAAGAGCGUCUUCAGCAAGUUCUCCCGCCUCAGCCUUGCCGCAGACGAUGCCAGGCAGCACGGACCCACCAUGAAAGCCAGGUUUCCCGCAGACACCUACGCGCUGGCGGGGCAGAUGGUGACUCUGGAGUGCUUUGCCUUUGGAAACCCCGUGCCCCGGAUCAAGUGGAGGAAGGUGGACGGCUCACAGCCCUCCAAGUGGAUCUCCAGCGAGCCCCUCCUGCAGAUCCAGGACGUGGGCUUCGAGGACGAAGGCACUUACGAGUGCGAGGCUGAGAACGCCAAAGGGAGGGUCACCCACCAAGGCCGCGUGAUCAUCCAAGCAAAAAUAAAAAAGACAGAUGGAAACGCAGUGAACCGCAUCGAAGUGAGCGGUGGAGAGCUGAGAUUUUCCAAGCUAGUCCUGGAGGACUCUGGCAUGUAUCAGUGUGUGGCUGAGAACAAGCAUGGCACAAUAUAUGCAAGUGCUGAAUUAACAGUGCAAGCCUUAGCACCCGAUUUUAGACUAAACCCAGUGAAGCGGCUCAUCCCUGCAGCCCGAAGCGGGAAGGUCAUCAUCCCGUGCCAGCCACGAGCAGCACCAAAAGCCACCGUGCUCUGGACCAAAGGGACCGAACUGCUCACCAACAGCAGCAGGGUGACUAUUACCACAGAUGGCACUUUGAUCCUGCAGAAUAUCAGCAAAUCUGAUGAGGGAAAGUAUACCUGCUUCGCUGAGAAUUUCAUGGGCAAAGCCAACAGCACUGGAAUCCUCUCUGUGCGAGAUGCCACCAAGAUCACCCUGGCACCAUCUAGUGCUGACAUCAACGUAGGUGCAAACCUGACUCUCCAGUGUCACGCAUCCCAUGACCCAACUAUGGACCUGACCUUCACCUGGUCCCUGGACGACUUCCCCAUCGACUUUGACAAGUCGGAGGGGCACUACAGGCGAGCAAGCGUGAAGGAAACUAUUGGGGACCUCAGCAUCUCGAACGCCCAGCUGAAGCACUCGGGGCGCUACACGUGCACAGCGCAGACCGUGGUGGACAGUGCUUCGGAGUCAGCAAUGCUGACCGUGAGAGGACCUCCAGGCCCGCCGGGUGGGGUGGUGGUGAGGGACAUCAGUGACACCAGUGUCCAGCUGAGCUGGAGCCGCGGCUUCGACAACCACAGCCCGAUUGCCAGGUACCUCGUCCAGGCCCGGACGCUGCUCUCCGGCAAGUGGAAACAGGCACGGACCAAUCCUGCCAAUAUCGAGGGCAAUGCAGAGACAGCCCAGGUGCUGAACCUCAUCCCUUGGAUGGACUAUGAGUUCCGGGUUCUAGCGAGUAACAUCCUUGGAGUUGGGGAACCAAGUUUGCCCUCCAGCAAAAUCCGUACCAAAGAAGCAGCACCGACCGUGGCACCAUCCGGGCUCAGCGGAGGCGGAGGGGCUCCCAACGAGCUCAUCAUCAACUGGACGCCGACGCUGCGGGACUACCAGAACGGCGACGGCUUCGGCUACAUCCUGUCGUUCCGCAAGAAGGGCACGCAGGGCUGGCUCAGCGCCAGGGUGCCGCACGCCGAGUCGCUGCACUACGUCUACCGCAACGAGAGCAUCGGGCCCUACACCCCGUUCGAGGUGAAAAUCAGGGCGUACAACAGGAAGGGAGAGGGGCCGGAGAGCCUCACGGCCAUCGUGUACUCUGCAGAGGAAGAACCGAAAGUGGCUCCUUCCCGAGUCACCGCCAAGGCCGUCCUGUCCUCCGAGAUGGACGUGUCCUGGGAGCCUGUUGAGCAGGGAGACAUGACCGGAGUGCUCCUGGGCUACGAGAUCCGGUACUGGAAGGACGGCGAUAAAGAGGAGGCUGCUGACAGAGUGAGGACAGCAGGACUGGUCACAUCCGCUCACGUCACAGGCCUAAACCCCAACACCAAAUACCACGUGUCAGUCAGAGCUUACAACCGCGCCGGCACCGGGCCCCCCAGCCCCUCUGCCAACACCACCACGACGAAGCCACCACCAAGGAGGCCACCGGGCAACAUCUCCUGGACUUUUUCGGGGUCUACCGUCAGCAUCAAGUGGGACCCCGUGGUGGCACAGGCAGACGAGUCUGCAGUUACAGGGUACAAGAUGCUUUACAGGAAGGAUUCCCACUCUGCUCCCACGCUCUACGUGGCCAGCAAGAGCCGGAUCGACAUCCCGAUCCCUGAAGACUUCACCCAUGCCUUCGUGCAGCUCAGGGUGACCGGGCCUGGAGGGGACGGGGUCCCAACAGAAGUUCACAUCCUCAGGAACAGUGGCACCAGCAUGAUGGUGGAGGACUCUGUGACCAAGCCAGUGCCACACGCGGUCGUCAUUACAACUAACUCUCUGGUCAUGCUGGCCCUGAUGGGCUACCUGGGGCUCUGAUGGUUGUCACCGUGACC